GCCAGGAUGGCCACAGCUCUGACCACCCGGGCCGCAGAGUAGCCCUCUGCACCGCUAAACGGCCCAACACACUCCUGUGUGUGUGGGUGUUUUAGUGUUAGUGUGUGUGUGGGUGUUUUAGUGUGUGUGUAGAUUCUCUUAGGAAGUCACUUUUAUUGUUUUGAUCUUUUAGUUGUUUUUGCGUUGUGACACAGAGGACCGAUAUAUUAUGUCCACCGGGAAGAGGACAUAGCAUGUCUAAAGGUUACCGGACUUUCUGAUCUAUAUCACGGACAUGUCAAACGGCUACAUUAUUUUUUAGCGGUCACCGUAUUUUCCCAAUAACACGACCAUGUCAAAUGGUUACCGUAUUUUCUGACRUAUAAGGGACAUGUCUGCGGGUUGCCGUUGGUUUUAAAGUGACAUGUCUAACGGUUACCGUACUCUGUCGCAGCACCUCAAUGACCUGAAGAAGGAGAACUUCAGCCUCAAGCUCCGCAUCUACUUCCUGGAGGAGAGGAUCCUGCAGAAGUACGAGGACACCAGUGACCAUGUCUACCGCACGAACAUCGAGUUGAAGGUAGAAGUGGAGAGCUUGAAGCAAGAGUUACAGGAGAAACAAGACCUUCUUGACAAGGCUCUGUCAACAGCUGAGAGCCUGUCCAGUCACAAUGAGGCAGAGCUGCAGAGACGAAGUGAGGAGAGACAGCAGGAGAUCGACCAUAUGCGGGAGUUGCUGCGAGACCAAGGAUACAACUCCUGCAGGAGGAGGCCGAGCUAGCGCGAUGUGAGGCUGGGAGGAUGGCCUCCCUGGCCAGGUCGAGCUCCCAGACCCUCUUGGAGGACAUGAAGGACAGCCCAGAGGAGGAGGAGA